AAACCAAAACAUUCCAAACUGCCAUCAUAUAUGUAUAUAUAUUUUUAAUCAUAUUUACCCCCUAGUGGUCGGUUGCGCACGCGCAGGGGUGCUUGCUCAACUAUGAGGUAUUCCCUCAUCUACUCUACUGAUGUUAAUAAACUUGUUGUAUUUAUUCUAAUGCAUUACAACUAUAAAAUAUUGAGCACCCAGAAUGAUGCACUACUGUUAAUGAUCAAAUCCCAACCAACAACAGUGACAUUUUCUAUCCUAGUUUACAGACGCUUCCCAGCACAUUGUUUCCCAAAGACUGGGUCGUGGCCCUCAGGUGGGUCGCAAGAUAUUUUUGGGGGGGGUCGUCGCGCAUCAUGUUUCCCAGGAGUUUACGAAUAAUGUGUACCGACUUGGGUUGAGAAGGUUUGUGACUUUUAAAGAAAAGAAAAAGUUUGGGAAACACUGCUAUAGCAGUGCUGAUGUCAUCAUGUUUCAAAUAGAGCUUUUGCCUUUGAUCUUUUCCAAACGUCUUUGAUGUGUUUGUCCAUCGAUUAAAGUUUAAACGUUCGUGACCGUGGCACAUUAAAGGAAAACAAGGGAGUGAAAUGCCCUACAUAAUCCUUAGUUUUUUCAUCGGAAACGUAAUCACUAAAAAUGUCAGGACCCUAGUGAACUGUUUUAAAAGGUGUGACAAGACUCAUGCCAAUGACCGGAAUUUAUUUCUGGAAAAUGAAGUUUGUCAAAUGAUAAACAGCCUGAGGGACCUGCAACAAGGUCUCAACGAAAGACAGAGUCUACCCGAUGAGGAGUGCAGUGCAGCGACACUGAAUGGAACUCCCAGAAGCAACGAAGCGCCGACUCAUCCCAAGACGACCGAACAGCUGACGAGUUCGCAGACUUCCCACGAGAGCAACAUUUUGGAAAGCGUGAAGGAUCCCAAAGACGCGUGGCAAGAACUCAAGUUAAAAAGUGAGUUCCUGACCAAAACUAUUUCUAACGUUAAUAACGACAUGGUCACCUUGAAGUUCGAUUUAGCUGAAAUUACCACGUGUCUGGAAAAUGAGCAGCAGACCCUCGACGCACUGGAGCUCGUGUUUACUCCGUUCACCGGUGCAGAAAAAGACAGCGAGAGUUGCACGGCCGUUCAGGCCGGUGAAGGAAAAACCCCAAAUAAGGAGAAAGAAUUACUCAGCGACAUCCUCUCCACGCUGCGCUUUCACUGUGAAGAGAGGCUACAACUGCUAAAGCAGAGGAACCGCACCAUGAAACAGCUGGAGGAUGGCAUGGACAGGAUAACACGGUGUCAUUCCAAGUCAGUGCUGCACCUGGCAGAUAUCGGACACAAAUUUGAUGAGAAGACGGAUAGGAAAAUAGCUGAGGAGAAAACGGAAGAGGCUUAUUCGUGCGACAAAAAGACAAGGACAAAAACGUCCAAUCAGGAUGAGGGUGGUCAAGGUAAGGACGGCAUUAGAGUGUUGGUUAAAAAGUUGGACAAACUGCAAAGGCAGCUGGAGGAGGAAGUGUCGUACCUGACACAUCAAGUGGAGGCUGCUCAGAUGGGAUGGCAGCAGGGCAAAGCCUAGCCAUGACACGACACGUGGCAUCUGAGGAGGUUGUUGAGCACGUCCUUGAUCGGUCUUACUUCACCGAGGAGAUACAUUUUGUUUGCACACAACAUGCAAACUUAAAUACGAUCAAACCUCCUGUUGGCAACGAGCCCAACGACGCAGUAGAAUUGCUAGAAAAUUGCAGACUGUGGUCUGCAGCCGACAGUUUCCUCCACAGAAAAAAAACCCAACUUUUUUUAAAUAUUGCUAAUGUCACUGCGAAAUGUGACUUGUACAUGUGUUUAUAUGUAAAUGUUUUUGGGUUUUUUUUUCCCUUUUGUGCAGUCAUCGGUUGUGUUAACAAUUGUUGGUUCCAGUCCCCAAAAAUGGAAUUUAUUGCAUUUUCAAGCCAACCAUUAGAAAUGCCAUUUUCCUUCUGAACUGCAUUCUGGUUGGUCAAUUUCUGUGCCUCUGAUUUACGAAAUAUCUUGACGAACCUCAAGGACGUGCAAGUCUCUCAGAUCAACUAAUUUACAAAAAUAGUAUUGAUGUAUUUUUUUUUUGUACACAGUCGUAAUAUUAAUGCUAAUUUUUCUUACGUUCAAAUAAGAAUAGCAUGUUUGUUGGUUUGCAAUACGGCCUUAGAAAUAAAAGUAUAAAAAACGUUUGCGAACCACUACCUUACUUCAUGCUUAAAGCAUGCUAACGUUGCCUUGUAAAAAAAAAUCCCCCAAAAUCUUUAACCUCAACUGUGUCUGUUACAUCAGUAAUAUCACUUUCACAAUCAUAUCUACCUCCCUCCUGUUGAAUUUUCCAGGAUGAAUGGCAAUAAAAGUGAACAUAUCAGAGAGGAAGCUAAGCUAAGAUAGCUUGAGAUUGAGACAACAACAGUGUGGAGAACACUUCAGUUACAGAUCCAGACUCAGAAUGUGGCAGCAUCAGGUUAAUCUGAGUCAACAGUGAAACAAUGUUGUGUCAAACUCAGGCCCCGGGGGCCAAAUCUGGCCCGCAGUGUAAUUAUAUUUGGCCUGUGAGAUUAACACAAAUAUGUACUAGAAUUGGCCCGCCAGUAUAUAGCCCCUAUAUACUGAAAGGAUUUGUAGUAUAAGUGGAGCCUGCGCUAUGUUAUAGCUCAUACAUUUUGGUUUUUUUUUCUGU